AUGCCCCAAAGACCGGGCCGGCUGUUUGCCAAACUCAGGAACUUCUUACGAGACCCCAAGAAAGACCACAAGAAGAUAAUCGAGUACAUCGACCAACUGGAGUGGGAUGUUAUGAGAAUGUUUGAUCUCAAAGCGGAUUCUAGAGCUGAAACUAUUUGGGCGCUCGAUGAAUCAUUUCUCCUUGAUAUUCCCGAUAGCCUGGCGAGAGAGUUACAUCAGGUGGCAGAUGUCCUGGGGCGCGACCCUGAAAAUGAAGCGGCCUCGAGACUACGCCUGAAUGCGAUCCUCAUCGACUGCGUGAAUGAAGAACAACUCUACGCCCAGAGCCAUGCUCAACAUGACCGGAAGUCAGUCUCCCUUUCGUUGGAAACGUCCCUCGCCCUUGAAGUCAGGCACAAGGGGGAGAAACGGUCGCUCAACGGUCAGGCUGACUUUACAGUCUGGUAUGAUGAUUCAGGAAUGUCAACUCAUCUGGUCGUGAUUGAGGCCAAGAAGGCUGGGACAUCCAGUGAUGGUGUGACACAAUGUCUGGGUUACAUGGCCAUGGUCCACCAGAUCAGAAAGGAUUUUGAAAAGAAGAACGCGGUCGUCUUCGGCUGCUCGUCUGACGGCUACGAGUUCACCGUCCUAAGGAUUGACAACGAGUCAAGGGUAUCCAAAUCGUCUUACGAAUGGGAGCCACUAGGUUCCGAGCUGGACCGGAAAAGAAUCUACACGCAUUUGAGAUACAUCAUUCGUCACGCAACCAGGUCAUCUUCUCGACGCUCACCGAAAAAGAGUGUUCGGCAGGUCAGGGAUCAUUCGUCAAUGGGCCGGCCAUACCAUCUGUGUUUCGGGAGCUCGACCGACGACGACGCCAUGGAGAUUUGA